AUGCAGCUGUUGCAGCGGCGCAACCCGUACCGAGGCGAGGUCCUCGCGUGGUAUAGAAAGUUUCUCAAGGCCUCGUUUGCCGUGCCGUGGGAGACAGACGAGGACGCCUUGUACGUGCUGGAGGAGGCACGGCGCCUAUUCCGAAAGAAUGCAGGCAUCACCGACGUGGAAACUAUUGAGCGAAAGCUGCGCGAGGCAGAGAUGCGGUACGAGAUCGGCCUCCACUACAGGAUCCCCUACCCGAGAGCCUUUCAUAAGACUCAAGGGUCACUGCAGGAAAGCGGCGUGGCGUAUGCUGCGGACCUUGACUCCAUGUACGAUCACCCUGUGAACCCGCGAGUGGGGCAAAUCAUGGAGGGUAGUGUCAACUGUGGCACGAUGGGCGGUACAGAGCAUUUGACGCAAUAUCUAGAAGAGGGCCCUGGCGUGGAUGACGAAAGCCUGUCCGAAAGACGUUGA